UGAAGAUGGGGUUUGAUCCCAUCAAGCGUGGAUUCGGAUAUGUCAUGUCCUCCAACAGCUACGCCGACAAUCUUCGGCAAGAAGUCCGGAAUCUGGAGUACGAGGAUCGGAGGGUCCGCAGUGCAGAGGCAACGGCCAGAAACAAUCUUCAGCAUAUCCACGCAUGGGUCCCAGGGUUUCUGGAAAGCGCUGAGGAGGUCUUGACGGAGGCGAGUGACCUGUUGGGCGAAUUCGAAGGGGCGAGCAAGAGUUGCUGCUACGGGACUCUUCCUGACGCCAAUUGUCGGUAUCGAUUCAGUCGGGAGGCCAAGCACAAGAUCGAUGAUAUUAAGAAUCUCAUUCUAGAAAACAAAGACAUGGAGAUCUCCUUCAUCGGUCCUGCCUCGACGUUGAUUAAGAUUAGGGAUGAUGGCGGCUUCGAAUCCAGAGCUUCUGUUAUACAAGAGAUCAUGGAUGCUCUCGCCGAUGACACGAAGAGCGUGGUCGGGGUUCACGGGAUGGGCGGGGUCGGCAAGUCCACCCUUUUGGAGGAUGCUGAGAAGAGAAUAAGGGCACAAAAAUCGUUCGAUUGGGUCGCCAGGGCCGACGUGUCGGAAAAUCCAGACAUCAAGAGGAUUCAAGGAGAGAUUGCGCACUGGUUGGGCUUUACUGACUUAGAGAAGGAAGAGGAUGUCAGCUUGCGAGCGAACCUUCUGCGCUCGAGGUUGGAAAAGGAGAAGAGGGAGAAAAAGAAGGUGCUCAUAAUACUGGACAACCUCUGGGAACAGCUCGACUUGAAAUCAGUCGGCAUUCCUUGCGGACCUGACAACAAAGCCAUAGGAUGCAAGUUGUUGUUGACGUCCAGAGAUCUUGAUGUUUUGCAAAGGGAAAUGGGCUGCGACAAGGCCUUCCCCCUUGGUGGGCUGCAGGAGGAAGAGGCAAGAGCUUUGUUUGAGAGGCUGGUGGGAGACAAAGUUCGUCAGGACGAGUUCAGACCCUUGGUGAAUGAAGCACUCCACAGAUGUGCAGGUGUGCCUUUCCUGAUUGUUGCAAUGGCAAAGCGUUUUGAAAAUGCCGAAUUAUUUGAAUGGAAGGACGCUUUGACACAAAUGGACAAGUUUGUAGACAGAGAAAACAGCGGCUUGAUAGAUGACAUGUUGAAAUGGAGUUAUGAUAAGUUAGAACCGGAGGUGCAGGCAUUGUUACGACUCUGUAUUGUUUCUAGUGCCUCCAAGCCUUCUCUUGACGACUUGGUGAGGUACGGCUUCGGUUUGGGGUUAUUUGAACAAGUUGGCAGCCUGGAAGAAGCUACAGAUAGGUUGCGCUCUCAUAUCCGCGCUCUUCAGGCCUCCGCUCUUCUGUUAGACAGCGAAGACGUUGGUGGUUUCAAGAUCCAUGACUUGGUUCGCGAGUUUGUUGCCUCAGUCUCUUGGAGAGAUCACCACCCUCUUCUCAUAUUGGAAGAUAAAGUUAAGUCGGUAACAGAGUUGUCGAAGGACAAGCUCAAAAAUUGUGAGGCGAUGUGCUUUCCCAACAUGAAGGAGCUUCAGCAAGAAUUAAAUUGCCCCGAAUUGCGCAUCCUUUUGCUGUCCACAAACAACGAUUCUCUUCCCAUCCCAGAUUCAUAUUUCAACUCUAUGAGGAAUCUCAUGGUCUUAAAUCUCAUAGGAAUACGCCUCACUUGCUCCCCUUCGCCGUUUCAAUCCUUGGUGAACUUACACACCCUAUGUUUUCAGAAUUGUUCAUUUGAGGAUGUGGCCAUUCUUGGCAAUCUCAAAGGGUUACAGAUUCUUAGCAUUGUGGACUCCGAUAUUCAGCAAUUGCCGGAAGAAAUUGGGCAACUGGUAGAGCUCAGAUUGUUAGACUUAAAUGGUUGUUCACAACUUCGAAAAAUUGAACCGGGUGUGCUUGGAAACUUGAUGAAAUUGGAGGAAUUGUACAUGGAUCGUAGCUUUGAUCAAUGGAAUGCCGUGGAGCAAACUCCACCAACUAAUGCGAGUCUAAGUGAGUUGAAUCGCAUGAAGAAUCUCCACACUCUCCAUGUGUCCAUUCCCAAUCCGAGUGUGCUCCCAGAGGACCUAAAAGUUAAGAAAUUGACCAAGUACAAAAUUAACAUAGGUGACACUUGGCGUUUUCUGUCAAAUUACAAAGGAUCAAGCACAUUGGAGCUCAAAUUGGGUCCAACAAACGAUGUUCUUCAGAGGGGAUACAUACGAAGUAUCUUGGGCAAAGCCGACGGACUGUUUUUGGAAGGAAUGCACGGAAAUGACCAAAGUAUUUGCGCGUUAUCCCAAGUCGGUUUUCCAGAAUUAAAGUAUCUAUGGGUCAUGAACACUCCCUCCGUCCAUUACAUCCUCCAAUCGCCAUCCCAUACAGCUUUUAAGACUUUGGAGUCAUUGCUUCUCGAGAAUCUCAUCAAUUUAGAGAAGAUAUGCUGCAGCCAUACCUCGUACUCCAAGUCCUUCAGCACAUUAAAAGUAGUACGAGUUGAAGAUUGCGACAAGAUGAAAGUUCUAUUUCCUCGUUCAGUGAUGAGAGAACUUCCACAGCUAGAAGAGCUCAAAGUCGUCAAUUGCGAGUUAAUGCGGGGGAUUGUAGAGGCUGAUGAUGAUCGUGGCAAAUUUGAGUUGCCUAAGUUGCGUGUGUUGAAAUUGCAUGCCUUGCCAAAUGUCAAGAAUUUUAUCACCGCCGGGUCGUCUCCCUCGAAUAGUACAUCAGACGACCAAGUUGGCACUCAAACUGCAUUUUUCAAUGGACAGCAGGUUGCCUUUCCAAAUUUGGAGACAUUAAAAGUCUGGGGCUUGGACAAUCUCGGGUUUAUGUUUUCCCCAUCCAUGGUAAAAUCUCUUGCACAACUGAGAAAACUAAAGAUAGGCGAUUGCAAGGAGAUGGAGGCGAUCUUUACGGAGGAAGAAGGAUUGGGAGUAGAAAUAUCAGAAACUCUAGAAUUCCCGAUGUUGACUGAUUUACGCUUAUAUAUGUUGACAAAUUUGGCGUGCUUCUCUCGUGAAAAAUGUAAGAUUUUGUCUUUUUUUUUUCAUCAUUGA